AAUAAAUGGUAAAAGACAAUGGCCCAAGGCAGUAGGCUAUCCAGUUCAACCUCCACAAGUGAGGGUGAUGCCUGGGAGGCCAAAGAAGAAAAGGAGAAGGGAUCAGGAUGAGAAGGAUCCCAAAAAUCCUUCUAGACUGACUAGGGCAGGGACUGUUAUGACAUGCCAAAAUUGUUUUCAGUUAGGUCACAAUUCCAGAGGGUGCAAGAAUGAGACUGUGGAGAAAGAGAAGCCAGAAAAGAGAAAGCCAGGAAGACCAAGGAAACACCCUAGGCCAGAUGAUGAUGUGAACUCAGGUGGAGCAAGUAAGAGUAAGAAGAAGAGUAAGAGUAAGACCCUAGCUAUGGAACGAGCACAGGCAUCAAAGGGUGUAGGGCACUUUGUGGGAGAGGAGACAGGAAACUCUUACAUUUGCUCUGGGAGUAUAGUGCAUCAAGUACCAAGAGGGGAAGAACUAUCAUCUCAAGUGCCAACCCAACAAUCCCAAACCAAGAACUGACUGUUGAAGCUGUCCUUAUUUUGAAGUGGUUUUAAAUGUCCAAAGUUAGCUCAGAAACUUGUUUUUGAAGUUCAAACUUA